AAACAGAGAGAGAAACUAAACGAAAACGCUUUUUGUAUCAAUUUAAGCAACGUUUACAAAUUUAUUUGAUCACUUCAAAAUCAAAGUUAGAGGCUAGUUUAGAAAUAUAAAAAAUUUUAUAUUGUAUGAAGAAAUAAAUGUUAUAUUAAUGACAUUCAUAGAAAUAUUGUGAAUGUAAAUAUUAAUUACCUUAUCAAAUAUAUAUAAUAAUCGUUACAUGAGUAUUCAUCAAAUUUGCAAAGAGAAGUAACUAGUUUUCGCGCGUAGAAUAUUAGACAUAUGAAUUAUUGUAUAACGAUAUAAUUAAUAAAACGUUUGAUUAAUGCAAGAUAAAAAUGAGCUUAGUGCACUCUAUUACGAGGCGUCAAGAGGGGUUUGAAUUUAUACGUGAUUAUGACGUAGCGUUAUAUCGUUUAAAAUGCUAUCAUAAUGAUGUAUAUCGUGGAAUAUCGCCAAGUACAAAUGCUCCAGAUUAUAAUCCAGAACCACCAGUUUUUGCUUGCCGUUUUUGUACCAAGGAAAAUAAUGAACAAAUACUUGCCUUAGCAAAUGAAGAUGGAAAAAUAGCUUUACAAGAUAUAAGUAUUAAGGGAAACCAUGAUAAACCAUUAGAAGGAACUCAGGCACAUUUUAAUGCAAUUUUUGAUAUUGCAUGGAUGCCUGGUGAAUUAAAGUUGGUAACAGCGUCAGGAGAUCACACGGCAAAAUUGUGGGAUGUAUCCAGAUCCGAAAUUAAACAAAUUGAAUAUUUUCAUGCUCAUACACGUAGUGUAAAAACAGCAGUAUUUCGUCAUCAAGAUAAAGCUGUCUUUGCCACAGGAGCUCGUGAUGGAAGUAUAAUGAUUUGGGAUAUAAGAGCAAAUCAUAGUGAUCAGCCUAAAGCAGAUAAUUGUAUAUCUAAUGCACAUAGUAGCAUAUCUUCAAAUAAUAAUAGACAUCGUAAAACUCUCAAUCACACGUCUUGUACGCAAAGUAUAACCAGUCUUGCUUUUCAAGAUGAUUUUUCAUUAUUAUCAUGUGCUGCUGGGGAUGGGGUAAUUAAAGUCUGGGAUUUAAGAAAAAAUUAUACUGUUCACAAAAAAGAUCCAUUGGCUAAACAUACAAUGAAUUAUGCAGGAAGUAGUACAAGAAAUGGAUUUUCUUCAUUGUUAGUAUGUCCAGCUAGAAUUACAUUGUAUGCUAGUUGUAUGGACAAUAUCAUAUAUGCGUAUAAUAUAUCUUCUUAUAAUCCAAAACCAGUUGCAGAGUUUUAUGGACAUCAAAAUCGUACCUAUUAUGUAAAAACCUGUUUAAGCCCUGAUGGAAGAUACCUGGCUAGUGGUUCUAGUGAUGAGCUUGCAUACAUUUGGCAUACUAAACGAUCUGGUGGACCAAUAAUUAAACUUUCUGGUCAUACAGAAGAAGUUACUUGCAUUGCAUGGUGCACUGUUGGGGAAACCAAGAUAGUGACUUGUUCGGAUGAUUCGUGCCAUAGAAUAUGGAGAAUUGGACUUGAGCAUAAAAUAGAUAAUGAAGAAUUAGAAGUAAGAGGUAAAGCAGAAACUGUCUCCAGUGCAAACUCCUUAGAAAAUUUGAAAAUGGAAACAACACCAACUACUUUCCGGCGAUAUGCAUUAACGCAAGAACAUACACCUGGAUCUGAUAAAACACCAAAUAGUACACCAGGAUCUAACGAUAUAGAUAAUCAAUCAAGAGAUUUGUAUAAACAAAGUAAUAGUAAUAGUUUUAAGAGAACUUAUUCACAAAUGAUAACUGAAGAAUCACAAUCUGAUGGAAAAUUUAAAACAAUUUUAUCUCCUAUACACGAAAAUUUAGAAAUGAUAAUAAAACGUGCACACAUAGAAAAUCGUGGUGCUAGAAGGCUUUUCAGUCAAAAGACUGACACAACUACUAUAUGCGAUAAGAGUUAUGACUACGAUAAACCAAGCACAAGUUCAUAUGUUCCAGAAUUUAAAAAUAUUGCUUUAGAAACAAAUAAUACAUCAAUUCCUUUUUCACCUACAUCAAAUCUGCCAAAUUUUGUGAUAGAUGGAACGGCACCUCAUCUACUUCAAAUGUCUCCUGAGAAAUACAAGGAAAAUGUUGACUGGUUAACAAAAAUACGAGAGAAAUAUAAAGAACAGAAAACUAAAAUAUCCUCAGAAAAACUGUCUAGUCCUAAAACAAGUAUACCUGUACGUAGAAGUAGUAGAUCAAAAUCAAUGGAACCUUUAAAAGGAUGCAAAACUUCUACAUCUCUUGCUCCAUCUUUACUCGAUUUCUUUAAAAUUAAUAAUAAGGAUUGUGAUAAAAAUAUUUGUUCAGAAAACUCAAAUACUCUUUCUUUGCCAUCUAUAUCAUGAAAGUAAUAACAUGGUGUAACAUUAAACAGUAACAAUUUGUAUCCAUUAUCAUGUAACAAACGGUUUGAUACAUCAUCUUUGAAAUAUGAUCAAGGAUACAUGAAAGGAAAUUAAGCGCGCUUAGUAUUGUUUUUAAUACUGUACCUUAUAAAACAGUAUUCCUUUUGAAGUUUGUAUUAAAAGUCUAGGUAACUAAUUUAAGGUAAUCUUUUUUAGUGUAAUUGCUAUUUUUAUAAAUAUCUAUAAGAAUAGUUUUGAUAAUUGAUUAUUUCAAAUGGAAAGAUAUUAAUGCUACAAAUGAACUAUUUUUUACUUAUAUUAAUAAUUUUAUAAAAUAUUUAUUAUAGAGAGAGAAGAAAUAUGAUGUGCCUUAUAAACAGGUGGAAAAAAAAAUUUAAAAAUGAUUUAUAUUAGCAGUAUUAUCUAUUUAGUGUAUUGAUAUUUUUCUUAUCAGAACAAAAUAUUUUUAUACAUUGCGGAAGUAAUUUCAUUCUAAUUGCCGUUAAUUCGAAUUCUUCGUUAUCAAUAUAAAAUACUCGUUCAUCAUUCUGUAAAAAAAAACAUUAUAAAUAGAUUUUAAUACAUUGAAAGUACUGUGAAAGUGAACUUAGAAAUAAUAAAUUUCCUUAGAAAAAAAAAAAAAAAAAAAAAAAAAGAAUUAUUUACCUUUUCAGGAUACAAUUCAAUAUCCUUUGCUUCAAAUGAGGAAUUUAUUAAGGUUCUACUUCCAUUUAUUCUCCUCCAACCUUCAUUAACAAAUGAUAUAUAAUCUAUAUCUUUUGGACCUACACAUGUAAAUAAUAUUAAAUAUUAUUAUAUAAUAACUUUGUUAAAUAGUUUCUUUGUUAUUGUUUUGUAUUACCUAAUUGUAUUUUUAACGAAGAAUGGUUGUGAAGUUCGGCGUUAUCUAUAGUUGAAGUUUUUAUAUAUAAAUCAGUUGUUGAAAUAGGAAUUUCAUAAAAAACGCCACAAUUUUCAUUUGUUAUUUUGCUGUAGUCAAUUACCAUGUCUGCAAAAUUAAAAAUAUAUUUAAGCAAUAUCCUUAGGACCAAAAAUCAUAAUACAAUAAUUAAUCUCUCUUAUAUAGUAUUAUUAAUGUUUACUCAGAAGAAUCGUGAUAUUUAUUAUUGAUAUAUAAAUAAAAACAGAAUAUAUAUGCA